UUGCUGGGAAAAUUUAUCGCAUGCAUGAUGGGAAGGCAAUGGCGGCGCCCAUGAACGAGCUGACGCAAAAAACUGCAGCAAAGUAGCCUAAAACGUUUGAAGAAUUAGAAACGUCUUGAUUUUGAUGAAAAUUUCAGUUUUAGUCAACGGAACACAACUGAAUGUCCAGAUUAAGGUUGAAUUCAACGAACUUUAUCAAGUUUGUCACUCUUCAGUACAAAAUGUUUGCAACACUCCGGCGAUUAAAUACAUCCACCCAUCGAUUGGCGCUUGGCUUCUUGCACCACUCUGUUGCUUCAGAGUCUCCUCACACAACAAGAUGGGUUCAAAUCUGCAUGUUCCAUCAACAGAGCAGUCACAUCUCAACCACUGGAGGCAAUGCUGGACUUUUGUCAAGAAACAUUUGUUCAACGUUUCCAGCAGUCUUCCAAGCGCAACAGCCAGCAAAGUCCCAUUCCAGCUCUGGAGCUCAAGUGGAAAAAACGACCUCAUUGGACGAUGGCAAAAGUAACAACUGUGAAAAGGAGUAUACAACUGUCUACUGUUUUCCAGGAAUGAGAUAUCUACGAGUUAUUUCCCGCUUUAAACUUGCACAAACGUUCUUUACCAUGGGCAUAGCGCCACCAAUGUGGUACCUGCACACAGUAGGACUGAUCACCGAAUACCAGCUGUUGUACUCGCUCUCAGUGGCGACCUUUGCUUUAGUGAUGCUGUACAGCAUGAGUUUUUUCCUUCGUCGCAUCAUUGGGUUUAUCUACCUUCACCGGAACAGGGACAGCAUUAAAAUAGCCCACAUGAACUUCUGGGGGAGGAGAAGGGACCAGACUAUUCCACUGUUUGAUGUGAUUCCCAUUGGGGAGACUGGGGAGAGGACUAGUGAGAUCCUCAUCAGGUUGAGACGUUACAGCACUAAAGAAAAGUUGUAUUUCAGUCUCAAGUACGGAAUGAUCACACACCAAGAGAAUUUUUGUGAGAUUUUUGGUGACUUUGAUUCCCUGACAAAGUCAUCAAAUAAAUAGAUACAAAUUUCAAUUUUUUGUAUUGGAGUAUGUAAACUUCAGAAUAAAAUUGCAUGCAAAAUCUAUGCAAAACCAAGAUUUAAGUCAGCAUGAGUUAUAUUUCCAAUUUGUCAAAUUUAAAAUAACCUGAUCAAUACCUAUUGCAUUGGUAUGCUUUAUCAAAAGUAGUUAAGAUUGAGAGCUCAUCAAUUCCAAAAAAAACUUGCAAGUCGAAAUGAGGCCUGUGUGAACAGAGGGAGCAUUAUAUGUCAGAUACGAGUAUUUAACCACCAAUGUUUUUGGUUUUCUUGAUUUCCUCACCCUGUUCUCAAUUUACAAACAUGAACUUCACUAUAAUUUGCUGAUAAUUGCCAAUUGCUUUGAAACCAAAUAAUGUUUAAUGGAACAAAAAUAAAGCACUCAUUGUGGAGACGAUAACUCCAGAAAAACAAA